CAAGCUCACUUACCCAGGAUACAAUUAGAAUGGCGGAAGAGCAGAAAAUAACCGCCGUCACAGAGGCGACCAACCCAAAUGCCGCCGCCGAACAGGACGUGAAGGAUGUCCUUGCAGAACUCAAGCCGGACGAGGCCAGCAAGCCAGACAGUGCAGACGCUGAAAAAGCGGAAGAAGAUAAGAUUGUUGAAGCUGCGAAGCUGCUGGGUGAGGAGGCCCUGUCAAGUGAAAAGGCAAAGGAAGCCUCAGGGACUCAGAAGGGACGGGGAAGCGGACGUGGCCGUGGCCGUGGAGGGGUGCGCAUUAACUACCGUGACAAUAUCAAGUCGGAUGCUGCCUCCCUAGAGGAGACAGAUGAUCCGGUCGAGAUUAGAAAACAGGUUGAAUUCUACUUCUCUGACUCCAAUCUUCCCAUGGACAAAUUCCUUCUCUCCAAAGUGGGUGGUAGUGAAAAUAAACCCGUCGAGCUCUCGCUUCUCCAUUCAUUCAAGCGAAUGCGCCGCUUCCAGCCUUUCAGUGCCAUCGUCGAAGCCCUCAGGACCUCAGAAGUUGUUGAGCUGGUAGAUGACGACAAAUCUGUCCGCCGGAAGAUACCUCUUCCGGAUGUUAUCAAGGAGACGCCUGAUGUCUCUGCCGUUAAGAUCUUCGAAGAUAAAGCCAUGAACCGCAGCAUCUACGCCAAAGGUUUCGGUGAAGAGGAGCCCAGCACGCAGUUUGACAUUGAGGCCUUCUUCACUCCCUACGGGCCCACAAACGCCGUUCGUCUUCGGCGCGCCAUAGACAAGACCUUCAAAGGUAGCGUCUUUGUCGAGUUUGAAACUGAAGACCUUCAGAAGGCAUUCUUGGCUCUUGACCCAAAGCCAAAGUGGAAAGGAACCACUGAAUUAAUGAUUAAAAGCAAAAAGCAGUACUGCGACGAGAAGAUCAAGGAAAUAGAAGCUGGCCGUCUAAAGCCCAGUAGCGGUCGAGGCGGUCGAGGAGGCCGUGGAGGCCGUGGAGGUCGCGGUGCUCGAGGAGCCCGAGGCGGUCGUGGCGGCGGUCGCGGCCGUGGUGAUCGAAACAAUGGCGACCGCAACGGAGAAAGGGAGGCUCAGGCAAAACGCCCAGAAGCCGAAAAGGAUAGCCGUGGCGUCCCUGUCAUUCAGGUCUCUAAUAACAAGGCCGAAUCACAACAAAACGGCAACUCUAAUAGCCAGAAGCGCAGCCGAGAGGACGACUCUGGCGCAAAGGCUGUCGAUAACACGGAGGAGAGACCAGCUAAGAAAGUUGAUGCCAAAGACAGCUAA